AUGCACACAUGCAUCGUUUGUCCGAGGAGCACCAAAGGCCUCACCAGACUGAUCACCCGCCAGAUCAAAGGCAUGUCUUUGCGCCCCGGCCGGCGCCGGAAAAGGCUGCAACGCGAGGCUGAAGAAGCAGCAGCGAAGUCCGGCGAAAGACAGGAAGAAGGAGAAGUCGGAGACGAGGAGGAGAGCGAGUGGGUCUCAGAGCCUGAGCCCGGAGUGUUCAUAACUUUGGUGCCACUGCCCGAGGUAGGCAAUCGCGUGAAGAAGAUACGAUUCAGCAAGGAGCGGUUCGAUGAUUGGGGAGCGCAGAAAUGGUGGAGCGAAAACUACGAUAAGGUUAUGGAGCUCUACUGCAUCGUCUCCCAGCAAUCUUCUCCCACGCUCGCUCCAUCCGACGAUGAAAGUCAAUUAGUUCAUAAUCAAGAAGAAGAAGAAGAACAAGAAGAAGAAGCAUCACGCUCCUCUAAGAGCACCACUGGUUCCUCCAAGGCGUCCCCAGAGCCGCAAGCUCACAGUGAGAUGUCAAUGGAGAGUAAAUUAGUUCAUAAUCAAGAAGAAGAAGAAGAAGAAGAAGAAGAAGGGAAUGAAGCAGCAUCACGCUCCUCAAAGAGCACCGCUGGUUCCUCCAAGGCGACCCCAGAGCCGCAACCUCACUGUGAGAUGCCAGUGGAGAUCGGGAACAGGGUGCUCGAGUGGAACGUGGAAGAUGAGACUGGUGUCUUUUUCACUGUGCGAUCGAUGCCUGAUGGCUCUCGGGAGAUUCUACGAAUUGUAUUCAGCGGGGAUAGGUUCGGCGAGAUGAAAACCAGAGUGUGGUGGGAAAAAAACAAGGCGAGGCUGCAACAGCAGUACAGUCUCAAUUUGUAG